AUGCUAUAUGGAAAUAAAACGUCAAGAGGAAUUUAUAAUUACCCUAAAUGUACAGAUGAUUGGUUUCUUAAACUAAUUUAAGGAUCAUGUUUGGACAUAGCAAAUGAAAAAUAAUGGGAAAGAUCAAUAAAGAGUUUAUUUAGACAGGGAGAGGAAGUGCAGAUCUACGGAUUUAUGAAUUUCCCAAAUAAUCUUAAAUGUUUAUUACUAUUAAAUUUAAACAAAUGCAAAAUUCAUAUCGAUAGGAGAUGUGGACUUUUGCAUUUAUCUGAAUAUCAUGAAAUAAACUUCUAUGAUAUACCUGAAAAAGUCAUUAUAAACAAACCUAAUACGGAUAUGAAGUGA